AUGGCACGGACGCUCGUCUGUUUGCGGUACUUUCUCAUCGGUGGUGCCAUCGUCAUCGGCGUAUGCGGUAUCAUAGAGACCGUCUGCGCCGGUUAUUUCAUAUAUCAGCUAUACGAGUAUUCGUUGCUCACCCCUAGCAAUGUGUGCGGCUCGUCGAUAAUCCUAUUAGUGAUGGGCCUGAUAACAGGCCUGAUAGCAUGGUGUGCCUGGCAAUUCUUGGAUUUCACGAACAGAGGACAAGUCGUAAUUUUUUCUGUAGCGUUGAUAAUCAUCACGAUUGUCAAUACGAGCGCUGGGAUUUGGGCACUUGUCCGGCACGAACAAGUGGACGUGUUACCAGUCGCUCAACUUGAACCAAUAUUCGAACGUGCUGUUUCGAGUGAUAAGGCACGAUGGGAUCAAAUGCACAGCAAGCUGCAUUGUUGUGGAAUAAACGGACCUGGUGACUAUCAGGACCAGAAUGCAAUUCCUUGGUCCUGUUGCGACAUAGUGACAUCACUGGCGAGUUCUCACGACAGCAAAGGUGUCUGCACCACAAUGUACGCGAGAGGUUGCCAACAUGUAGUAAUAAAUCGGAUCAAAUCGAUCCUACUCCAUAUUUUCCUACUUGCGUUGUCUACAGUGUUAUUACAGGUUUGCUUUAUAGUAUGCAUGACUUGUUACACGAGAGCCAGCCAAGAAAGGAUGGAAAGAAGAAAGGAUUCAAUAAUGUCCGCGCGAUCAUCGAAAGAAACUGGAACAAAUGAUAAUCUUCUUAGCCCGUAGACCAACAAUCCUAAAGCAACGACCAAUAAUUAAUUUUUUAAUUCAUAAUACCUACUUCUGUCAUAUUAUUCACCAUCAUGUGCACUUUAUACUAGUUCUAUAAUGAACUUUUCCGAGUUUUAUUUUCC